AUGCUGAAAUUUCAAUAUCAGAAGAAAUUCUCUCAGAAAAAGAGAAACUGGUCACUGCAGAAGAAGAAAAAGAAGAUGUAUCAGAUGAAGAAGUUCAUCUUAUUUCUGCUCCUUCAACAGAUGAGGCAGUAUCAAAAACUGUACCAGAAGUUCUACAGACAUCUUACUGCCAUCCAUACCAAGGAUGGUGGACAAGCUCUGUUUGAAUGUGUCAUUGCUGGCGUUCCCAAACCAGAAGUCGUCUGGUACAAAGACAGUGAAGUUAUUCAGCCAUCAGAAGAGUUCCAGAUCCAAUAUGAUGAGAAUAAUCAAUGCUCGUUGUUUAUUGGUGAUGUGUUGCCAGAUGAUGCUGGUCAAUAUACCGUCGUCGCCAAAAAUGAAAUGGGCGAAGUAUCAACAACAGCUGAACUUUUCGUUGCACCUGCCUCUGAAUUAGAUGCCUCAACAGAAUCUGUUGGAGAAAUUGCACCAAAUUUCACAGUGAAACCAAAAUAUCAGAAGGUUGACGAAGGAAAAGAUGUUUCGUUUGAAUGUCAGGUGGUAGCUAAACCUCAACCUGAGAUUUAUUGGAGCAAGGAUGGUAGUGAUAUUCCCGAUGAUGACCGAAUCAAUGUGACGUUGGAUAUUGAUGAAGGUGAUGUCUACCGUGCGUCACUGAAUAUAACAGACACUACUCCUGAAGAUAGUGGAACUUACACCAUCACUGCUACCAAUCCUCAAGGUCAAGAGACAGUGUCAGCUUCUCUUAUUGUUAACAAAACCCUUGAGGAGAAAACUGAUUUCCGAGAUCAACUGGCUACGUCUGUUGAGAUUCAAGAAAAAGAAAAACCAACAGAAGUAGACCAGGUUGAUUUUAGAGAAACUUUGGCCACCAAAGUGAAAACUAAAGUGAAUGUACAGUUUGAAAUGAAACAGUUUGACUUUCGACAUCUCUUACAUAAAGGAAAAUCUUCAUCUCUUAAAUUCGAGUCUGAUGUAACAACAGAAGAAACUAUUAUUGUAGAAGAACAGACUUCAGUUGUUGAAGAAGCUUCAACAGAAGAAGUUGUUAAGCUUGAGAAACCUGAAAUUAUUGCCCCUAAAUUUGAGGUUGUCUUUAACAAUUUACAAGUUAAAGAAGGAGAAUCAGCAAAACUGGUCUGUAGAGCGAGCGGCGUACCGACUCCAAACAUCACCUGGUAUCACGCUGGAGAGGCCAUACAAACAGAUGAUGUCUAUGAAAUUACCAGUGGUAACGAGGGUGAAAGCAUCCUGACCAUUCCAGAGGUACUGGUCGAGGAUGCUGGCUUAUAUACAGCCCGAGCUAGUAAUGAGGCUGGACAGGUUGAAUGUUCAGCCACCAUUAAUGUCGAGGAAGUACCAUCGGAUCAAGAAGAGAAAUUAGAAGGGGUAAAGGAGGAGGUGACAGAAUCAGCUGAUCAAGUUGAUGAGGCAGAUAAAGCUGCCAUUAAAAUACAAGCUGCUUUCAGAGGAUAUCAGGCUCGAGAACAAGUCAAAGUUUUACGUGAACAAUCACUGGUGGAAGAUGUUACCGUACCAACCACCGACCAAUCAGAUUUCGUUAUUCAGGAGGAAGAAUUAUCCACCCAAGAAUUCCAGUACUUACCAAAUACAGAUGAUACCCUGCUUGUGACAGAAGAGAAACAUCUGCAUGCAUAUCCAGACCAUUAUGAGUACCCUCUUUCUUAUGAGGACCCACAGGACCAGCAUGGGGAUCCUCUUUCAUAUGAAUACCCAGAGGAACAGCAUGAUUACCCACAGGACCAGCAUGGGGACCCUCUUUCAUAUGAAUACCCAGAGGAACAGCAUGAUUACCCACAGGACCAGAAUGGGGACUCAUAUGAUUACCCUCUUUCGAAUUAUGAGCACCCAGAUAACCAACCCCAAGAUUUUGUAGACCAUGCUUUCUCUGGGCCUGAAGUAGAUGAGUAUACUGAUGAUUUUAUGCAUGAUAGUUUGUACAGGGAUGAGUCUGCUAAUGAAUUCUUGCAUGCCGACCCUGAAUCAGAUGAACUGGCUGUGGGUAUGAGGGUUUACACUUGGAGAAUGACUAAAGGGGAUAGAAACAGUCCUCAAUCUGAGCCCACACUCUUCAAGGAAGAGUUUGAAGUUUCUGAAUCUCGUUUUCAUCAUCAGAUGAAGCUGGACGACACCCAAGAAGAAACCAUCGAAGAUGUCAGUGUUGAAUUCAGCAUGAAGCAAGAAGAGAUCACAAUGGAUCAAACCUUGGACGUUGACACAAAGGCUGAGGUUGUUCUGUCAGAACCAGCGCCAGAGAAACCUCAAGAAACUGAAGAUGUUGAAGGUGAAUUCACAUUGAGCUUCCAGGAGACAGACACAGUUGAAGAUGUUUCAGUAGAGUUCACUGUGGCACCAGUAUUCAAUAAGAAACUAGAAGACCAAGAGGUACCAGAAGGUGCUACUAUAGAACUUACAGUCAAUGUUACUGGUCAGCCUCAACCAGAAAUCACUUGGUUGAGAGAAGGAGUAACAAUCCAACUUAAUGAACAUUAUGAAACACGUCACGAUACAGAAGGUAACUUCACCCUGAUCAUCCACGAUGCUAAUACUGAGGAUGAUGCUGAGUUUACCUGUACUGCUACCAAUAAAGCUGGUUCAGUUUCCACAUCAGCAGACCUCUACAUUGCUCCAGCAGGUGAAGCUCCAACAUUUAUUCGAUGUAUCGAAGAUAUCGCUGUCGACUAUCAUGCUCAAAUUAUAUUAGAAGUUCAGGUCAAAGGUCAACCCAAGCCUGAACUCACCUUGACAAUUGACGGUGAAGAAAUUCCUAAAAAUAAAUACAGAAUCGAAGAGAUCGAAGAUGUAGUGAGAUUUAUUAUCGAUAAAGCCGAGCUUGAACACGAAGGUGAAUACACUGUCAAGGCAACUAACUCUAAAGGUGUCGCCACUUGCCAUGCCAAAGUCACACUCAGACUUGAUGGCCCUGAAUUUGAAAAACCAUUGGAGACUGUUAAAACGAAGCUGAAAGAAAUGGCUCGGUUUGAAUGUGUUGUCAAGGGAAUGCCCUUACCAGAGAUCACAUGGUUUGUGGACAGUAAACCAAUCAGUCGUGGCCCGAAGUAUAAUUUCAGCUGUGAAGAUCGUCACUGUGUCUUGACUAUAAAUGACGUCACCACGGAAGACAUCAAUAAGACCUAUACUUGCCGUGCUGAAAACCCUGUCGGAGAUGCAUCAACUGAAGCCACUUUAACCAUUGAAGCCGAAUUCAGCAUCAGAAUUCCAUUUGAAUUAACAAUCUGA